AUGUCUGGCGGUCCCUGUGUGGUUACAAAAAAAUCCAUGAACUCGCUAACUGAAAUACCGAGGAGGAGUGGGAUCUCCAAAACCAGACGCCGGCUUGAAAAGGAAGAUGACGAUAUUAUUGAGAUACCAGACUUUGACAACUCCGAUCUGGUGGAACAAUAUAGACAUACCUUAGUGGCGCAUGAAAGAGGAGGAAGAGUCCAAGUAUUCAUCAAUGGUGAUAAACCGUUACAGUUCGAAAGAAGAGCAAAAUUCAAAAAUGGUGAUAUUAUCAAAGUUACUUUGAGAUAUGAAGACUUACACCGUUGGUGCUACACUUGCAAAAAGAUUUCUCAUGAAGAAGGCACCUGUCCAGAGCUGACAGAGGAGCAACGGGAAAGAAAUCGGAAAGCAAGAAUUGAACAAAAGGAGCAAGAAGAACUCACUGCAAGAGAGAUGUUCCUGGUGAAAACUGGACCUGAUGCGGGCGGGAGUUCCUCUCGGAGGCCAAUCAAAUCUCGCAAAGCUACGUCGAACCAAGAAAGAGAUAAUAUAUCCAGAGAAGCUAGACCUCCUUACAGUGGAAACAGAGACCUGAGAGAGGACCUCCAGGGAAAAAGAGAGGACCGCAGCAAAGAGGUGUGGUCGAGAAUUGACCCACAUAUUAAUGAUUGCAUUCCCCGAUAUCGGGAGAGAUUUCACCCCUACUCCAAAGGUUACAAUGAGCAGAAUAACAGUCGCUACAGCACUCUAUCUAAACCUAAAAUAGAAUGGAGACCUACGAGAAAUGGAGAGGGAAGUGGAGAAAAGGAUAUAGAGCAAAACAGAGAGAGAAAGGAACUCAGACUUUGGAACCGAUACCAGGGUGAGCACAUCUCCCCUUCGGACUCUCAGAGAACUAUCUCGGAUGUCCCAGAGCAACAGAGCAAUCCGACAUUAUCAAGGCAUAGGCGUCCAGAGAUCCAGCACAGAGAGACGGAAGAGGAAAGGGAAUGUAAACUGAAGGCAAAGCACCGGUGA